AUUACAUUGAAUAAGGUGUAGUGAAUAAAGUGACCAACAACCAGUACUGCUUCAAAUCACCAAUAUGAAUACUUGGAUACUUUUCUUAGGCAUUUUGGGUUACGCGUCAGCUCAAGGAAGAUUCCGACCAACAGGAAAUAUUGCUCCGGGACAACAAAUUGCUAUUCUUAGACAAGAUAGUGUUUUAAAUCCGGAUGGGUCGUAUCAAUGGAGUUAUGAAACGGAAAAUGGUAUUUCAGCAAAUGAACAGGGCCAAUUGAAAAAUGUUGGUGGAAAGGAACCGGGAAUUGAUGCUCAGGGUGGAUUCCAGUACACAGCUCCGGAUGGAACUCCGAUUCAAUUAACUUAUAGAGCGGAUGAAAAUGGUUUUCAACCACAAGGAGCUCAUUUACCGGUACCACCACCAAUCCCAGAAGCGAUAGCACGCGCUUUAGAAUGGAUCGCGGCUCAUCCGGAACCGGAAAAUCAACCUGGAAGACGGUUUUAAGGCGACACUUUAAUUCUUAUAUCUAUUUAAUAUGUUGUCAUCUUUUAAAUCCUCAAAGCUUCUUCUCAACCGCCACUUUUUGCGAUUUUUUCUUUUAUAAGUUUCUUUAUUACUUAUUUUUGGAAUUUAUAAAAGAAGAUAAUUGUACUAGUAAUAAUGUGUUUUUUGUUGAAUUUGUAUAAUGAAGCUUUUUGGAACAAAUUUGAACACGAUUGUUUGACGGAUUUGUGAUUUUUUAUUAAUUAUUUUUACGCUAUAUUUGUAUAUAUCACUUAAGAAGCUUC